AUGCUGAGCUCGCUGAUACAGCGGCUGCGACUGCGCUCGAGGCGGACGGUUCCCAUCGCAGCGGCAGCCGGCGGCAUCCUCGUGUUCAUCCUGCUGCUCGCAUUCAACGAGGAGAUUGUCGUGCGCAACUCGCAGCAGGACAAGUGUCUGCAAGGGUACUACAACCGCCUCGUGCUGAGCAAGCAGCAGUCAGUGCGGCAGGCGCUCGACUCGCUGCUGCUGACGGGGCUGACUGCGAAUCCAGCUGCUGCUGCAGACGACGACGAUGCUGCGUUUUGGCGCGAAUGGGCUCUAUGGGUCGAAGGCGCAAACGCAGGACCUGCUGCUGCUGCUGGUGGUGCUGCUGGGCUGAGCAACCGCACCAAGGCGUUUGCCAAGCAGAACAUUGACACGCUGGUCGAGUCGGUGCCGUCGCCCUUCCUCUUCCAUUGGCACGCAAUCAAUCUCGGGAUACCACCAUGGCCUGAGACGACAAUCAGCGAGGAGCUUGAUGACAAUCAUCACGAUGAUCACGACCCAAACAAAGACCAGGACAGCCAGAAAAACCAGCAGCGUCGCACCAACAACAACAACAACAACGACAAGGACGACGAGCACGAGCAUGAAGCAGACCGCGCGUUUGAAAACCCGAUUGUCGGAAACGGCCAUGUCUCGACAGUGAUUGACUCGCCGCACAUCAAUGGACGACAACCAAACAAGCUCGCCCGGUCGCUGCCACGUCGUUUUAAGGCCAGCCUCGAGACGCCGCUUCGUGGCUCGUUCUCGGUGAUUGACUUGGAGGAGCGCGCGGCGACCACAAGCACCUCGGGCGAUGGCUGCGUGCUUGCCAAGCAGACGUGGUAUGCGCAUGCCGAGCAUCACCAGCUCCUGGUCCAUGAGGUCGAAAUCAUCAACAUGCGUGCCGAUUCCAUUCCCGUUUCUGUGGUCCAGCUUCCCCCGUCCAACAUCGACCACGAGGAUCUGGCAGCACCGGCGAUGGUCAGCUGGCUCCCGCUUCUGAACUCGGACAAUGACGACGACGACGACGGCGGCCGCCGGAUGCUGAAAACAACCAUUCUCGGUUACCUCGUUGUGACGGCACCCAGCGAAGCGCAGUCGUUUACAUUCACCGAGCUUGCCGCCACCGAUGAAAUCCCGCCGUCAGCUCUUGCGUGGUCGGGCUUGGGCGCAACGACCGUCAUGGUCAUUGCUCGGUUGCAGUCUGCCACAUUUAGCAUCGUGACUGCGGCCACCAUUGUAGCGUCGUCCGUCCAGGUGCUGCCAAGCUCGUCCCGUCAGCUGCAAGUCCUGCAGUGGAUGGGGCGUGUUCAGCAAAGCGAAACGACGGGUUCCGCAGACCUGAACGCGCCUGACGCUCGGCAGGUGCUGGAGGAUUUGAAACAGAGCGUGUUCUCAACUCCAGCCCAGCAUCGACUUCUCUACGCACUCCAUCGCAGCGCCGUGUCGAAUCCCUUCAGCUCGAACGCCAUCCAACUACUGGGCAGUGUGUCGCACCUCAAUCACGCCAUUCAACUUGCCCUGUACACGAUUGCCUCCUCCGUCGGUUCUGGCGAGCUUCUUUCAGAGUUUGGUGUUGGUUCGAGUCCUAUUGCACAUGAAUGCAAUGAAGGGCUGGUCUCGCAGGAUAUGGAGCGGUGGUUGAUGCUGGCGUUGCUUCCGUUUGAGUCGGGCGCUGCAACUGUUCGGCAGCUGUUGGAGUUUCGUGCCAGUCAACUACAAACAGCCCGGAACGCUGCAAAGUCUGCUCUCCCCUCUGCAGCCGCUCCUGGUGCCAAGUAUCCUACCUUUGGCGGACCGAGUGGUGCUGAUGAAGCAAGCGUUGAUGCCAACCUGAUGGAGCUUGGCGCUAUGGACGUCGAUUCCACGUCAUUCGUGGCGCUCGCCGUCGAACAGUUUGACUAUGCGAAGCAUGAUCCGCGUUGGGUGGCCUCUGUGGGCCAGCCGAUGGCGCAGUCCUGUGCCGAGUUUGGUCGCGCCAAGCUCGUUGGAAUGGAGUUUUCAGGCAAAACUGUCCGCACGACCCGGGCUGCGCUCGCGGAACGAUCGUUCGAUGUGCGCCGCGGUUCGCAUUCUCCAACAGCCAUCUACCCUGCGCAACGUGCUGUCGACCACGACCUAUUGACAAAUGGACUUGUCCAGCGUUCCCUUCGGUACUCAGGCGCAAACUUGGCCAGGAAGCCGGUCACCGCCGAGUACGGUGCACAACUCCAAAGCGAAGCAGACUCUGUGGCACUGCCGUUUGCCAAGACGGAUGCCGACGAGAAGAGCCUGCAGCAAGCUUAUGUCACCGAGGCAAUCGCGCAGCGAGACGCGUCCACGCCAGCCAACCUGGCCUACUCGUGGACGCGCACCCGAAAUGCACACUACCCUCGGCAUGUCGUCUUCCCAUCCGUGUCAAAGGCCGGGGUCACGCCUUACAAUCCGGCGUCUGCGCUCGCGCUCGGUUUCCCCGUGAUGCACCCAAUGCCGUUGAGUGUCCGUCGAAAUGAUCUUGCCCAGUUCACCAGCUUUGUCAAAUUCUUGCCGCUGGAUUCUGGCUUGCCGACAGAUCAUGCGCUCGCCGCCAUUGCGGGAUUUGAGGUUGGGGAUGCCCCGAGGACGUCCUUCCACCUGCACCAGCUCCUGCGCUCGGUGAGCGACCACGAGCAGGCAUGGUUGCAGUAUCCCAGGUUUUACUCGACCGAGAUGCGCGGAUUGCAGUGUGUGCACUCUCUCUCAGCCGCUGGAGCGAUGCUGCAAGUCAUUCUUUACGGGUCGCUGGGACUCCGCUAUCUUCCCACUGGCGUGCGGCUCCGGCCCGUCCUGCCGUCGGAAGACGCGACCGGCCUCUCCUUCCGCGACUUGAAGUAUGGCAGUUGCAGCUUUAACAUUUUCAUUCAUUCGCGGCAGGUUGUCGUCGUUGCCAAUCCAGCGCGAUGUCGAGAGAAACCCUUGCUCGCUGCAACCAUUGGCGAGGCCGAAACCCUCGCGUUCAAUCCUUUGCCACUGAGUGCACCCAUCGGGAGCACCAUCGUCCUCGCGUUCUCGAGUGACGACGGAAAAGCCGCGGCCGUCCUCGCGCGCAGCAUUUCAGUGGACGACUCCGCUCAGCUUGCGCCCCAUGACACGGACGCUCAACUUGCCGUUGACGGAGCGUUGACACCGCAUGGCUUCCAGCCCGCCGACGCGACCAAUUCAUUGGCGCUCGACGACGACGACGAGGAGCGCGGAUCGGACGGCCAGAGCGCACUUCAUGUGCCUCUCGAUGCAAUCAUGCACAAGCAUGGCGGCAUCCCCGACGGCCUCACUGCGGUGAUUGUAAUUUCCAUCAUCGUCUUCCACGUUCUGCUGUUCCAGCUCAUCUACCGCGAGUUUUGUCGUGCCAGCUCUGCAACUGCACGACGACGAGGCUCGUGA